AGCGUCUGUCGGGGAAGCAGUUGACAACAGCCGCCAAGAGCAGGCCGAAGUGGGCAAACACAACAAAUAUAGGAAGAAAAGAGCGAAAUUACUGCAGAGUUUGAAUUUAUUUAAUAAAUUAAGGAUGUUUAACUUUAUUCUGAAGCAGUUUGAAGUCCGUUGAACCGGAAAUUAGUUCGCGAAGAGAGGGCGUGCACCUGUCGAAGAUAAAUAGGUUAACCCUGCUAACGUCUAGCUAGCACGUUAGCUGGCUUGUUUUUUGCAAGACAUGUCGUCCCCGUCCUCCUCCUCCAGGCGCCAGUGGUGCUACCUGUGCGACCUGCCGAAGAUGCCGUGGACGGUGGUGUGGGACUUCAGCGAGGUGGUCUGCCGUGGCUGCGUGAACUACGAGGGAGCUAACCAGAUCGAGUUCCUGAUCGCGAGUGCCCGACAGCUGAAGCGGACACAUGGGAUGCAGGAUGGAAACGUCAGGUCACCUGGUCCUUCGCCGAAUAAACACGCAACAUCUGGCAGAGGGGAAGCAGCAGCGGCGGCGGCGGCGGACGGAGGGAGGCCACACUCGGAGCGUUUCGAAAGGGGGGUAAGAGGAGAAACCACCGGGUCUGCUAUACGAGUGCCCCCCAACGGGCUACACCGUGACGGACAGCCGCCUCCUGAAGUGAACCGCCAGAGUCCCAGCGGCAGCAGGAGACCCAUGCUGGGCGCUGCCAUCCCUCCCAGUUUAGUGACUCAAACCAUUGCAGGGAUUCCCCACGGUCUUCUCACAGGAAUGCCUGCGGGUCUGACCGCCCGGACAGCCCCCAUGAGUAACCCUAUGAUCUUUCCUGCCCCUGUGCUGGCCGAGAUGAGUCGUAGACAGCUGGGCAUAGGGAUGGGGAUAGCCCCCUUUAUCACUCCGGAGCUGGAGCGAGAGCUCAGUUCGUCCCAGAACCAGCCCAAGAUAAUGUCACAAGUCCACUCUGCUGUGGCGGGCAGCAGCAGCAGCAACAGCAAGAGUUCAGGUCUGCCUUCUUCUUCUUCGUCCUCGUCCAUGGCUGGAGGUGUAAGCCAGACCAGCCCAAAGCCUGCCUCAUCUCCAGCCAGGCAACCCCGCCCCCUCACCGCCAGGUCCGGAGGGGAGCCCCUAGGAUCAAGCUCCUCUGCAGAGGCAGCGACCACUGCUGCAGCAUUACCCCACAGUGGGGCCUCUGAACUGGGGUCUGCAUCAGCCAACAAUACCCAUUCGACCGGAAACACUCUUUCCUGCACCUUGUGUCACGAGAGGCUGGAGGACACACACUUUGUUCAGUGUCCGUCAGUGCCAGGACACAGGUUCUGUUUCCCCUGCACCCGAGUGUACAUCCAGAGCCGGCGGGGUGACGGUGAGGUGUACUGCCCCAGCGGGGAGCGCUGUCCGUUGGAUAACUCCCCCAACAGUCCUCCUUGGGCCUUCAUGCAGGGCGAGGUCUCCACCAUACUGGGCACGGGCGGGGCAGGAGCUGCGCCGGCUGCUGCCCCUGGAGCCGGGAACGCGCCGGGACCGGGUCCUGGAGCUGCAGGAGCGUCCUCAUCCGGGGCUGGGAAUGGAUCUGCUGGCGGAGGUGGAAGUGGAGAUGUCACUGUCAAGAAAGAGAGAGAGACGUGAUGAUGAUCGUCAUGGCAACCAGGACCCAA